AUGCACGGCAGCCGAUGCUGCUGUGGCAUCUUGCCCUGCAUUUGUGUGGGAGACGUUGAAGGCGCUGUCGACCUUUUGGACCAACGUCACGAUGGUCAAGUAUCCUCUUCUGGUAUUGCCGUGGUGACAAAGUCCAAAUUGCGCCUGCUCUUCGCAGCUGACGCCACGUCGCAGUGUGUGAGCUGCAUGAUGCUGCCGUGUAUCUGUCCCGCUAACGACGAGGCUGCGUAUGUGGGAAAUGUGCUUCCACUGAUGUCUGAUGAAGUCGUGGAAGAUGCGGAAGAGGAGACGGACAAGUAUGGACGAGUCCGACUGAAUGCGCUCGUAACGACUGGUCAAGCAAAAAGUGAUGACGUGUGGAUUGCAAAAGAGAUCAAACCAUUGCUCAAGCCUCAUCAAAAGGAAGGAGUGCUGUUCUUGCAUUCUCAUGUAGCUGCUAAGCGUGGUUGUAUUCUGGCAGACUAUAUGGGUCUCGGCAAGACGCUACAAGUGAUUAUGGUUAUUCAUUCAUUCAUCGUUGACGAGAUUGAUUUACGAAAGCAACGAAUAGACAAGCUGAGUGGUUGCACCGUCGCAAAUUCGGAGCCGAAAGGGGUGGAUGACCAGAAACAAUCUCACGAUGAAAGGGACCCCCCGGCGACUGUUCUGGUUUUAUGCCCUGCCAUUUGUUUGUCAAAUUGGGAUUCUGAGUUUCAAAAGUGGCUGGGUAUCGAGGCACGUGCACAUUGUCCGGUCAUCUUGUUCGAUUCUUUGACAACCAAGGGCACCACUGCAGGUCGGAUGCGACUAUUACAGCGCUGGAAACGCACCGGCGGUGUGCUACUGAUGGGCUAUGAGAUGUUUCGUGGCUUGUUGAAUCCAACAACUGCGCCGGUGAGCUGUUCUCCUGAAAGCACUACAUCCAUUAGGGUUCGCUCGCGUAUGGCAACAGCUACAAUGGAAAUUACUAGCGCUUCUGCGCGGGAAACUGCUCAAGUACAGCGCACAGCGCGAGAGUUCAGGCAUUUGCUCUGCGAUCCAGGAGCAGGCCUUGUAGUUAUGGAUGAAGGACACCGAAUGAAAGACCCAAGUUCGUUGCUAUGUCAGAGUGUGGCUCAAAUCCGAUCACCCCGACGUUUGGUACUCACAGGGUAUCCCGUGCAGAACUCGCUGUCUGAGUAUUGGUGCAUGGUCAAUUUUGCGCGAGAGGGAUUCUUAGGUUCUUAUGACGAGUUUCGAGCGAACUAUGAGCGCCCAAUUCUUGGAGGGAGCACGACACAUUCUCAAGAGCUGAUUGAGUUGCUUCAUAAUGUCGUGCUGCGUCGAGGCAAGGCAUUACUGAGUUCCCAGCUUCCACCGAAGAAGGAGUACAUUCUGUUUUGCAAGCUUUCCCCGGUACAGCAUCAAUUAUAUUGUGACUUCCUCGAAUUUUACAGCGGCAGCGAUGGAGCUGCUGCUGAUCUCUUGACUGCUUACGCUGCACUUCUUCAAGUGAUGAACCAUCCGGACAUUAUUUAUUCGAAGCUUUGUCCGUCCAACGAUGAUGGUUCAGCGCUUCUGCUGGGAAGUGACGAUGAAUAUAGCAAUGCGUUGCCAGAUGAUUCGAGUGGUUGGGCGUGGGAAAGUGAAGAGCGAUUGCAGGAAAAACAACAGAAUAUUGCAGCACAGCGGCGUCGCAAGCGACAGAAGCUCACGGAUACGCAAAAUGCCUCAAUAUGGGCACGGUCCGUGAUAUUUGGUAAGAACGACCGAGGCGUUAAGAAGCCCAUGCCAGACAUGGUGGAUCAUUACGAAACGCGAGUACUGGAAAACAGUGGCAAGAUGGUUGUUCUCUUUCGUAUCGUGGAAGAAAGCUUUAUCUGUGGUGACAAGGUUGUCGUGUUCUCCCAGAGCGUUCCUACGCUCAAGGUCAUCUCAGACUUCUUGCGUGUGAGCUCUUUUAGUCCGGCAGGCGUUACUGACGACUGCACAAAGUUGCACAAGCACUCGAAUAAAAGCAAUUCAAAGCGCCGCAGAAUUGCUCCACGGCCAAAUCGCGACCCUGCUGGAAUAUUGCGCAAGCGUCGAAACCAGGCAGCAAUAGGCGGUCCACAUACUAGAAAGGCCACGAAUCGUUCUGCUGUCGUGAGCAGUGCAGAUUCAAAGGAGUGGUUUUUGCAGAUCGAUGGUGGUACAAAUAGCGCCAAACGUAUGGAGUACAUCCAGCGAUUCAGCGCGAUCGAUUCACCGGUUAAACUAUUGCUGGUGUCAACGCGCGCCGGUGCUGAGGGCAUCAAUCUUCACGCCGCGAACCGUCUAGUUUUAUUUGAUGUCAGCUGGAAUCCUUCCAACGACCACCAGUCAAUGUGCCGCUCUCAUCGCAUCGGUCAGGCAAAAAGUGUGCAUGUGUAUAGGCUUGUGAGCACAGGCACAAUGGAACGCAUGAUUUACGAUCAGCAAAUGAAAAAAGUUGAUUUGUCUACUGCGGUGGUGGAUAGUGAGGAGCUCGCCAAGAAUGGGGAGAGCACAGCAGACUCGUCGAAUCUCGUAAAAACGGAUGUCGACGCAUCAGCAAACGAGACUGAGAACUUGGUACCGUUUAGUGGAUUUCUUCAGCCGCCCGCAGAGGCCAACUACGACAAGGAACUUGCUGUGGACAAGACUAUCGUCGAAGAAGAUACCGUCUUGGCAUCGUGCGUCAAGCAGUCGGGUCGAUGGCUCGUCGAUGUUCGUUGCAUACACGAUCCAAUGAGCGACAGGAAGCAGUCAGCGUAG